CGCUCCCUCAUGAAUCACAGGAUGAGCGCAACCACUCAAUAUGUCUGUACAGGAUGUACCCGGCAUUUACGUCGCAUAGUGUUUAAUCGAAGGGGCAGUUCAAGGGGUACUCAGGUUUCUACUCGCCGAAAGUAUAGUGUACAGAAUUCCACUCAAAAUGGCCGACCUUUCCGAAUGGCCGUCAUAGGCUCUGGCCCAGCGGGAUUUUAUACGUCCUAUAAAGUGCUGUCCAAAAUUGAAAAUGGGACAGUAGAUAUGUAUGAGCAUCUUCCUGUGCCUUAUGGCCUUGUCCGUUUUGGUGUUGCUCCAGAUCAUCCAGAAGUCAAGAACUGCGAAGAUAAGUUUCAAGAGGUAGCAGAAUCGCCAAAUUUUAACUUUAUUGGUAAUAUAAGCAUUGGAUCAGACCCAGGGUCCUUGCCUCUUGCAGCUAUUGCCCCUCACUAUGACGCCAUACUAUUCGCAUACGGAGCUUCACAGGACCGGAAGUUGGGGAUAAAGGGAGAGGAUACGGUCAAUGGCAUAUAUUCUGCUCGAGCAUUUGUCGGGUGGUACAAUGGGCUGCCAGAAUACUCGGGUCUCGCGCCUGACUUGACAAUGGGGGAAGAAGCGGUUGUCAUCGGCCAGGGCAACGUUGCCCUUGACGUAGCACGCAUACUUCUCAGCGACGUGAAUUCGUUGAAGGGAACCGAUAUCACCGAGCAGGCCAUAGACGCCUUGAGCAGAAGCCGUGUCAAGAGCGUGAGAGUGGUUGGGAGACGUGGGCCAAUGCAGGCUGCAUUCACGAUAAAGGAGGUUCGAGAGCUCAUGAAGCUACCAGAUGUGGCAUUCCGUCCAAUUCCUCCAGCCCAAUUACCUCCGGAUAUGACCAAGCUCCCUCGCGCACCGAAGCGCAUAAUGCAAGUUCUAUCAAAGGGCUCAGAAGCAUCGUUGGGAGACGUGCCACGAUCUUGGUCUCUCGAUUUCCAGCUAUCGCCCACCUCGUUUAACCCAGAUUCGUCGAAUAAUCUAGCUAGUCUUUCCUUUGACAAAACUUCCCUAGGCCUCGAUCCCUUUGACCCCAAGGCCAGGGUAACGAGCACUGGUGAACAGGCGGACCUCCCUGCUGAGAUGGCGUUCCGGUCUAUCGGGUAUAAAUCGGAAGCCAUCGCCGGACUCUCAGAACUCGGUAUCCCAUUUGAUGACCGAUUAGGUAUAAUACCCAAUGAUCAGGAGGGCCGCGUAUUGAGCCUCGGGUGGGAAAAGGGGGUAAAGCAACACGUUCCCGGGAUGUACGCCGCAGGUUGGGUAAAGAGAGGUCCGACAGGCGUUAUUGCAAGCACCAUGAGUGAUGCAUUUUUAACCGCAGAUAGAAUUGCCGAGGACUGGAAUAGUAAGGCACCAUUCAACGGGGGCGAGGAGGUAAAAACGGGGUGGGAAGCCGUCAAAGUCGAAGCUGAGAAGAGAAGAUGCCGAAGGGUGAGUUGGGAGGACUGGAAAAAGAUCGAUGCAGCUGAAGUCGCACGAGGCAAGAAUAGCGGCAAGAAGAGGGAGAAAUUCACUACCAUCGAAGAGAUGCUCCGUGUCUUAGACUGAUCAACUUAGGUUGAACUGUACCCUUAUGUAACUAUAUAUACAAUACUUAGAUAUUUAUUCUCAUCUAUUUAUUUUUGGAGCUUCGACGUCAAUUCCGGCACCUUCUCAAACAGAUCGCCCACCAAGCCGAC